UUGUGCCCUGUCCCCUCUUGUGCUAAGCUAAGAUAACUGUCAAUCCACUCAGCAGCAUCACGACCAGGGACUGUCCGGGCUCUGCAGGCUCCCGUUACAAACACCUCAGCACCGCACAAUGGCCGUCCCUCCAGCAUACUCAGACCUGGGCAAAGCUGCCAAGGAUAUAUUCAGCAAGGGCUACGGCUUUGGAGUCGUGAAGCUGGACUUAAAGACCAAAUCACAAAGCGGAGUGAUGGAGUUCAACACGUCCGGCUCCAGUAACACAGACACAGGGAAGGCUGCAGGGAGCCUGGAGACCAAAUACAAGAUGAAGGAGCUGGGCCUCAGCUUCAACCAGAAGUGGAACACAGAUAACACGCUGGCCACCGAGGUCACCGUGGAGGACCAGCUGACUCAAGGACUGAAGAUCGCCUUGGACACGUCUUUUGUACCAAACACAGGAAGAGGAAAGCUGAAGACGGGCUACAAGCGUGACUAUGUGAACCUGGGCUGCGACGUCGACUUCGAGGGUCCCAUCAUCCACGCCGCCGCGGUGCUGGGCUACGAGGGCUGGCUCGCCGGCUACCAGAUGGCCUUCGACACGGCCAAAUCCAAACUGGCCCAGAACAACUUCGCCCUGGGAUACAGGGCCGGAGACUUCCAGCUGCACACCAACGUUAACGACGGCACCGAGUUCGGCGGCUCCAUCUACCAGAAGGUGAACGACGAGCUGGAGACGGCGGUCACACUGGCCUGGACCGCCGGCAGCAACAACACUCGCUUCGGCAUCGCCGCCAAAUACAAGCUGGACAAAGACGCCUCCGUGUCUGCCAAAGUCAACAACGCCAGUCUGAUCGGAGUAGGCUACACCCAGAGCCUUCGGCCAGGCGUGAAGGUGACCCUCUCCGCUCUGAUCGACGGGAAAAACUUCAACGCCGGCGGACACAAAGUCGGGAUGGGCUUCGAGCUGGAGGCGUAAAGAGCAAAGAAAAGAAAAAGCCACACACUCCUCUUCCCCCUUCCUGCACCCACACACACACACACACACACACACACACACACUUCACCACCAUGUAGCUUCUCUCUGGACUCCCUCACACACCCCCCCCCCCUCGUUCACACAGUUCAUGAGCCCUCGGACAGGAAGAGUCGAGCCUCGGCAUCGUGCUUAAACACCAGAGAGGAGUCGUGAGGUUGCGGAAACUGAAGGCGCGUAGUUGUGGAUUAUUACCGUUUUUAUGGUCAUUGACACUAUUUAUUACCCCGUAGGACGAAGUAGUCGUUGGUGUUCAUGUGUAGCUUCUGUAUUCGGUUCCUGCCUCUUAAAAAAGCAUGUCAGAGCGAAAACGUGGAUGCAGAGCGGAAAGCUUAUUCGCUUAGUUUAAAAAAAAAGGUGCAGAGUGUCUGUUUGCUUUUUCUUGUUUAUUUUUUGUAUUGGUUUGAGCAUUUUUGGCUGUGUUGUUGAAAUCUGUUGACUGUUUAACGAUAUAAAUGUCCUGAUUUCAUGAACAUGCGAGUGAUUUAAGUUAAAAAGUCUGAAUGAAGGAUAUUUAAAACUGCUUUACAGGAACGAUAAAAGUGUACGGAAGACCAUUAAUGCCAAUAUGAUGAAAAACACAAAACAAUCAAUAUUAUGAGAAAUUUUCUUGAAAUAAUGACUUGUGGAUUUUUUUUUUAAAGUGUGAAAGGUGAAGGGAUUUUUUUUGGGAUUGGGGGUUAGGGCAACGUGGCCCUUCAGACAUUCACAAAAAAAAUCCCCCAAAAAUCAUCAGCAAGACAGAUGAACAAGAAAAAAAAGAACUCACAAAUGUGUUUUCUUCGUUAAUAAAGAUGUUAAAAUUACGCUUACAGUCGUUAAGAUGUAAUGAAACAGAUUUUUUUGUUUUAUUUGAUGACAUUUUUGACUGAUUGAUGGCGUUAUUUCCAUCCAGUUAAUGGCACAUAUAUUUGUGAUAAAACCACUAUAGCCACGUCUGUUUUAUAAAUAAAUAUUAGUAACAUAUCAGCGUCUUGGAGGGUUGCCCCAUUUCAUAGGGAAAGAUUAUAACCACUACCACUUUUUAAAUCGAGGGGCAAAGUUACUCGAAAAUGAGGGUUAGCAGCGAAAAUAAAAACAGAAUUGGGUUUUAUUAUCCCAAAAACAAUGAGAAUCUUUAUCAAAAUUUGCAUGGGCCCAUGUGUGUCAAAAUAUCGAGAAGGUUUCUCAUUAUUCUGAGAUUCUCAGUUAUUAUUUUGAAGAAACUUGUCCUUAUAAUGGCUGUCGGGCUUUUUUUUUUUUUAUCAUAUUGGCAUUAAUGGUCUUCCAUAAAAGAUCCUCCUAUAUGAUCUUUUAACCCUUUGUGACUCUUGGUAGGUGAAAUCAGUGUAGUGGAAUCUUCUCUGGUAGCUUGCGUAGUUAGUUUGCAUUUCUACGAUAUUGUUUUCAUCUACCCGUCUCGGUCACAGAGAGAGAACAUUUUGCAUCUGCUGCUCGUCGCGUCUCGUAGGCGUCUUAACUGCUCGGCCAGCUGUUUCCUCAUGUUGCUCGGGGACUGCACUCAUUGCUGUCAGCGCUCAGAAACAACCUGCACUCCUCACGUCUACAAAAAAUACAGUCGAUUGUCCCGUGAGGGACUCGGGUCAAAACACGUCAUAGGAUAAAAAGUCGUUGUGUCCCACAUGACUUUCCCUUUUCCUUUUUUUUUUUUUUUUUUUGAGUGAACAUACAUCAUUUUUUUCCCAUCUAAUUGUGUCGCCAUGAUAUGAAAGCUCAUUUUUGUUUGUUGUUUAGACACAGUACCUCAUUUUUUUCCAAUGUCAAU